AUGUCAAGCAGCGGCAGCAGCAACGGCACCGGCGCUGGUCACCCAAAUAUCGGCGGGAAAUGCAGCACUGCCAAGUCACGAAUCGCCCGUCUCAUCACCAGGCGAACCCGGUCGCUCAAUGCACCCAGUCCCAUCUGCCAGUUCGGACCAUGUGGAAGCAUCAGUAAGAACACUGCCAUGGUGAUGACCAUCCAAGACCCCGCCAGCCAGCGUCUCACCUGGAACAAGUUGCCCAGCAGUGUUCUUGUGAUCAAGAAGAUCCAUGACUCGCUCAUCAUUCAGCCCUUUCUCGACCUGGUGCAGUGGCUCAUCUGGGACAAGGAGAUGACGGUGUACGUGGAGGCGAGCGUCCUCGAGGACGUCCACCUGAAGACGCACCCGCUCUUUGUGCCCAUCAAGGACAAGUUUCGCACCUUUCGCGACGGCAAGGACGACCUCACUGACAAGAUUGACUUUAUCGUCUGUCUAGGCGGCGACGGCACCCUCCUCUACGCCUCAUCGCUCUUUCAGGAGAGCGUCCCCCCGGUGAUGGCCUUCCACAUGGGCUCACUGGGCUUUCUGACGCCCUUUGAGUUUGACAACUUUCAGCAGCAGAUUGCCAACGUGCUGAAGGGCAACGCCGCACUGACGCUGCGCAGUCGACUGCGCUGUACGGUGCUGCGGCAGGACAAGGGCGGCGACUCGAUGAUGAUGCUCACCGUCAACGGAAAUGGAGUGGCAAAUGGAGGGGCUGCUGCUGCCGGAAAUGGCGGAACCGGAAAUGCUGACAACAAGUCCACCGUCCACCUGGUGCUCAAUGAGAUGGUGGUGGACCGCGGGCCCUCCCCCUACCUCUCCAACGUCGACCUGUACAUUGACGGGAAGCACAUCACGACGGUGCAGGGCGACGGGCUGAUCGUCUCGACGCCGACGGGCAGCACCGCCUACGCCGUGGCCGCCGGCGCCAGCAUGAUCCACCCCAGCGUGCCCGCCAUCAUGAUCACGCCCAUCUGUCCGCACUCCCUUUCCUUCCGGCCCAUUGUCGUGCCCGCCGGCGUUCAGCUCAAGAUUUGCGUCUCCCCUGACUCGCGCAACUCCGCCUGGGUCUCCUUUGACGGGCGCAAUCGCCAGGAGAUUCAAGUUGGUGACAGUGUCCGCGUGACCACCUCCAUCUUUCCGGUGCCGUCGAUCUGCGCGGAGGACCAGAUUGGCGACUGGUUCGACUCGCUGGCGGAGUGCCUCCACUGGAACGUCCGCCAGAAGCAGAAGCAGUUUGACGAGUACUCCGAUCUGAUUCACAGCUCCAGCAGUGAUUCACUCGACAA